AUGCAACCGCAACCUGUCAAGGCUACUAGGAAACGGGUCCCGAGAGCUUGCGAUCUUUGCCGGUUCCGAAAAGUCCGGUGCAUCCUCGAAGCUCCGGCCCAGCCCUGCGUCAACUGCAAACACAAUGGGAAGCAAUGCACCUUUAAUCGACGACAUGGAAUGGCGUCGCGUAAUCCACGAAAUGGCCCCCCGACUCCGAAAUCGAUCGCGAACCCGACCGCCGGAAGCCCAAGCCUCGGAGAGGCCUCGGAACCUGAUCAAUUCCUGAUGGGAUGCACCUCUCCUUCAACGAACAAGCCUUUGACGCAAUCCGACUUUCAGCCUGCUAAACAACGCGACCCAAUCACGGGCGCGGAUACCUCAGAUGUCUUCUCGAUGACCGUUGGUGUUGAUGCCAAUCAGUACUCUGCGGGGGUGGCCAGAAGACCCGGAACAACAUGUCAUCCUGAUUAUUCUUUCCUACAAGCUCCCGAUACCAAGAGCCUCCUGCCUCAAGACCUUGCCUUUCUCACUAGUCAGGGAUGCUUCAUCGUACCCCACAGAGCAGCUCUCGACGAGUUCAUGCAGCAGUACUUCCUGCAUGUUCAUCCCAUGCUGCCCAUCUUGAACGAGAAGGACCACUGGCAAGCCUACAACUCACAAGACUCACAAAGCCAGGGUAGCAUGUCCAUCCUGGUACUGCAGGGACUCUUGUUUGUUUCGUCCGGGUUCAUGUCACUGGAAACCAUCAAGUCAUUGGGGUUUCGCACCGUCCAUCAAGCAAAGCUCGCAUUCUACCGACGAGCUAAGCUUCUCUACGACUUUAAUUGCGAAAAGUCGUCCAUCUCCAUCGCCCAAGCUGCAUUGCUUCUGGCGCAAACUCACUUGAUCCCACACUGCCUAGCUGGUAACAAACCGCUGGGUUCAAUAUGGCUCGGCGUCGCCAUCGCCUACGCUCGUGAUGCCAAAGCCCAUUGCUACUUCUCAUUAAAGACAAAGAGUAUCGCCGAGCUCCCCAAAUUCCAGAAGCUACACAACACUCUCAAACGACUAUGGUGGUGUUGCAUCAUUUGCGACAGGCUAUUGCCACUCACUUCGCGUCAAAACAUCAAGAUUACCAAGGCCAACUUCAGCUUUUCAGGAUGCCCGCCUCUCGGAAGCGCAGAUCUUGCUGACGAGUCAUACGGCUCUGACGUUUAUGAUCCCACCACCAAGCUUGUUCACGCCGAGAUCCUUUCAAAGCUGGUCGACCUCUGUCUCAUUCUCACUGAUGUUCUCACUGUCACAUCCGUGUUUCAUAACAAUCCAUCUUGGAUCCUCUCCAGGAGGCUAGCUGGCUUGAACGACGCGGGUCUUUGCCAGAUGGCACUCUCUCGGUGGUACAGUUCAUGGGCUGAUGUUAAAUCGACAAUCCUGGAACGAACCAACGAAAGCGAUUUUACAGGGUCUUCUACCUCAUCCAUAACCCUCUUUAUCAACUUAGUCGAGAUGUACUAUCAGAUCAUCUCUACACCAGAAUCUCAUAACAAGUUAAUCACGCAAAGAGAAGAACUCCAGGGUGCGGCGGCAAGCGUGACAGACUGUCUUCUCGAACUGGGUCGGCUGGGGCUUACGCGCUGGCUACCCAUGACUGCUAUCGGGUGCACUGCAUUCCCGCUAGCUCUACACAUGAUCGACGUUGAGCUUCUUGGACCAGGGCACGACAACGCUCAAUCGCAGACGGCUGUGCAAGUUUUUGAUCGGAAACAGCAACAGGUCAAAGUCCUCCUCGAAACGAUGAGUAGCUAUCGACCACGUUACUACAUUGCAGACUGGGUCAUGAGCACGAUCUGCCACGUCGUCAAGCUCGCCAGCCAGCAAUUCCCAGGGCUCUCGUCAAGUAAAGGCAUCACCGACUCUUCCCGGGCAUGCUGGUCAGAUAUACUUCUCACUCAGCCCAGCUAUUACUUGCGACUUGCCAUGACAGUGGAUCUGAGCAUCAGCCAUGGGAAGCUUCCAGAUGAUUCCGAUUUUCCGCCCUCUUUGCGACAAUCCUCACAUGUUGAUAAACCCUUGAAUUUUCACCCAGACGCCGUGCCGAACUUCAUGCCAACGACAGAUGUUGGCGAUCGAGUGGUAGACCUCUCGGAAAUGGAGGCAAUGGAAACGACUGGAAACAUUGGCGAAUCCAUUGAGGAAAAUGCGGUCGAAGACGCAACUGUCCCACAACCUCAGAUCCCGACAGACCUCUCAGAUCUUCCCAUCAGCGCAUCCAACGAGAAUGGGAUGACAUCUGAAGAUUUCACCGCUGCACUCGAUCUCGAGAUGCCCGAGAUUCCUCUAAUGAGUCUCGAUGACUUGCACAUCGUGGUUUCAGGCACUACAGACAACUCUUGGCCGUACAAACUGCUCGGUUCGUCGUCAGGUGGCUCUACGGCGUGGGACUGCUUUGCAUGGACGGGAAACAGUAUGAGUGGGUCAGAUGUGCAAGGAGGGUUUCUUGAAGACCUUGAUACAUAUCUUGGAGCGGAUGACUAUAGAGAAGGAGGUUUAUCUGCUGGCCUAGCUAUCUAA